AUUUGGUGGUAAUGUGUGGUGUGAAGAGAUUUAAACAUAUCGGAUGAUUGAGGUGGUAAGUUCGGGGUUGGUGCAAUUCCGAAUCCGGUAGACGGUUGGGUAUUGGUGGUGCUAGUAAUGUGGAGUAUUGGCUUCUAUUCCUGUUUUCCUCAAACUGUUUUCAGGUGAAACGUCAAAGCACGUUAAUAUGGCAGCGGUUGAUGGAAUUGACAUUACUCCCGAAAAGAAUGGCGGUGUUUUAAAGAAAGUAUUAGUGGAAGGAACAGGGGAGCUUCACCCUUCAAAGGGUGAUACUGUUUAUGUGCAUUACGUAGGGACUCUUCAAAACGGCGAACAAUUCGAUUCGAGCCGUGACCGUAGCGAACCAUUCAAUUUCACCUUGGGCAAUGGACAGGUUAUCAAAGGAUGGGAUCUUGGUGUUGCAACAAUGAAAAAGGGCGAGAAAUGUGAUCUAAUUUGUCGAGCCGACUAUGCCUAUGGCGAAAAUGGUAGCCCACCAAAGAUUCCUGGCGGUGCUACGCUCAAAUUUGAAAUUGAAUUACUGAGCUGGCAAGGAGAAGAUAUUUCGCCGGACCGAGACGGUACAAUCACCCGAUCGAUCAUUGUGGAAGGUGAGAAAUACUCAAGUCCCACGGAAGGUUCAACUGUUAAAGUAUGUGCCGUUGGUUCAUACAAUGGUCGAGUUUUUUACGAUAAGGAAAUCAGUUUCAUUUUGGGAGAAGGUUCUGAGGUGGGUUUGCCGGAAGGUGUUGACCGCGCCCUUCGUCGAUUCAACAAAGGCGAAAAGUCCACAGUUCAUCUCAAAGGAAGCCGUUUCACGUUUGGUGCUACUCCGCCUCCGGAGUAUAAUUUGCCGUCCCAUGCUGAAAUUGACUUCACUUUAUUCCUCAAGGAAUAUGAGAAGAUGAAGGCGUCGUGGGAAUUGACUGGUGACGAAAAACUUGAUGCUGCAGAAGCUGCCAAAGAAAGGGGUACAAUGUUUUUCAAACAAGGCAAGAUGCGCCUUGCAACUGCAAAGUAUAUGCGCGUUAUCGAACUGCUGGAAUAUGAAAAAUCUUUGGAGAAUGAAGCCAAAAGCAGGCGGGAUGCGCUGUUGCUUGCCGGUUACCUUAACAGCGCCCUUGUAUACGCGAAGCAAGAUGAAACAGUGGAAUGCAUAAAAAAUUGUGACAAAGCGCUUGAAAUAGAUCCGAAAUGUGUGAAAGCACUCUAUCGAAAGGCUUUGGCACUUCAAGAGCAAAACGAUGUUGAUGAAGCAAUUACUGAGUAUAAAAAAGUGCUGGAAUACGAACCAGAGAACAAGGCAGCGGCAGCGCAAAUAGUGGCAUGCAAGAAAAAGUUGGCUGAAAUUCGUGAAAAGGAGAAAAAGCGAUACAAGGGAAUGUUCGAAAAAUUUACUGCUAAAGAAAAGAUUGAAACAAAUGAAGAUCUAGGGACAACACCAAUGGAAACUGAGAGCCCCAAAUCGGAAGUGGUUAACUGAGGAUUGAAGGAUUUAUUGGUUUUUAUUGUUAAAUUUGAUCUAUCUCUCAUGCGUUCCUUGAAUUUUAAGCGUAUUUGUUUAUUUGUCAAAGUUAUCAGUUACCACUGUUUAGUUCUUUAUUUGUAAAUGUCAAAUGUUUUUGUUUCGAGCAGAUAAAAGCAGUUUUUAUUAAUUUGUACUGCGUAAGAGAAUUUAAAAAAGUGGUAUAUAGAAAAAUUGUUGAAGUGGAAAUACUCAAAAGUGAAUACAGGCA